CAUAUGACAUAUAUGAUGCUUGAUAGACGAAUUGCAUUAUCGUCUUGUUUUAAUUUCUCUCGCCGGAUUUUUAUAGGAUGGUGGCCGAUCUGUGCGUAAGUAUUUUAAUGGAGAUCUCCAUAUCCGGCAUGGUGUAUAGAAUAGAAGAAAACUGAGAGUGGGAGCAUAAUAAGUCUGUGUGAUUCUAUAGUAUAUAGAGGAGAAUGGUUGAUGGGAUGUCGACGAGGUUCUGGGGUCCUGUAACUUCGAUAAUUGAAUCUUGUGAGAAAAAUUAUGUUUACUCACCAUAUAUAGCUGAAUUUUUCAACACAGUUUCAAAUAUUCCAUGCAUUCUGUUGGCAUUGAUUGGGCUAGUGAAUGGUUUAAGACAAAAUUUUGAGAAGAGGUUUUGUGUGCUUGAGAUUUCAACUAUGAUAGUUGCAUUUGGGAACAUUUUGUUCCAUGCUACACUGCAGCGUAUGCAGCAACAAAGUGAUGAAAUUCCUAUGGUUUGGCAGCUGCUACUUUACAUAUACAUCCUGUUCUCCCCAGAUUGGCACUAUCGAUAUACAAUGCCCACAUUCCUGUUUAUAUAUGGUUGUGUUUUUGGUAUGAUACAUGCAUGGUUCCAUCUUGGAAUUGGAUUCAAGCUGCAUUAUAUAGUCCUUUUCCUUGUAUGCAUUCCGCGUAUGUACAAGUACUACAUUUACACGGAAGAUGGAUCUGCUAAGGGUGUUGCUAAACUCUAUGCAGCCACAUUAAUUAUUGGUAGCUUGUGUUGGGUUUUUGACCGUGUCCUCUGCAAAGAGAUAUCUGGUAAUUGGUUGUCUUUCAAUCCACAAGGCCAUGCCUGUUGGCAUUUUUUUAUAGGAUUCAACUCAUACUUUGCAAACACAUUUUUGAUGUUCUGUCGUGCUCAACAACGAGGUUGGUCGCCAAAGAUUGCCCACUUUUUUGGAAUCCUUCCAUAUGUGAAAAUCAAGAAGAAGAAGAAGAAACCAAAGACUCGUUAACCUUCUUUUUGGUGUGCCCUUGAAGAAGCUAGGUAGCUAGCUAGUAGCAAUUGGGUGGGAGCAGCUAAGCUAACUUAUAAGGCUUCUUCUUGGACUUUGCUAAUUCCAUUUAUUGUUCAAUGAUGGCACCACAGUUUCUUCAAGUGUGUUGCUCAAAGUUCUUUUUCCUAUAAAAUA